AUGACCACCAUCACGCCACUUCCCAACCAGUCUGGAGAGGCUAAGACGGCCAAAUUACACAGUGUUCCUGAUGGGGUUGCCCUGCAGAUUGCUUCAUCAAAAGGCUGUGAGCAAAGUGUCCAGCUGCUGCUAGAAAAUGACACAGAUGUUAACGCGCAGGGUGGUUUCUACGGCAAUGCAUUAUAUGCCGCAUCUUCAAAUGGCUAUGAAAAGAUUAUACACCUUUUAUUAGAGAAGGGAGCCGAUAUCAAUGCGCAGGGCGGGUUUUACGGAAACGCACUAUAUGUCACAGCCUCGGAUAGCCGGGAAAGUUUAGUACGGAAGAAGUUGGAGGAUGGAGUCGACAUCACUCCGAAGGGUGUCACAGACAGCUUUUGGCAUCAUGUGUUGAGGAGACGCCCUGAGAUCAAUGUCCGGAGCGGCAGUCGUGGCAAUGCACUUUAUGCUGCUUCGAUGGAAGGCCACGAGCAGAUUGUACAGCUGCUGUUGCAGAAUGGGCGUAUCGGAGUUGUAUACCUGCUGUUAGCGAACGGUGCUGAUGUCAAUGCUCAAGGUGGGCAUUAUGGCAAUCCUCUGCAGUUUGCUUCGUCGAACGGCCUGUGUGAACUUAUGCAACUACUGUUGGAGAAAGGGGCUGAUGUCAACACGCAAGGUGGCUUUUAUGGCAAUGCGCUCCACGCUGCUUCGUCUGCAGGCCAUGAACAGAUUGUGCAGCUGCUUUUGGAGAAAGGCGCUGAUGUCAACGCACCAGGUGGCUACCACGGUAAUGCGCUCCAAGCUGCUUCGUCUGCAGGCCACGAACAGAUUGUACGGCUGUUGCUUGAGAAUGGUGCCGAUGUUAACACACAAGGAGGCCCGCUUGACAAUGUAAUGUAUGCCGCUGUAUCGGAAGGUCAUAUGGAGAUUGCUCAGCUGCUAUUGGAAAAAGGCUGGAGAAAGCUGCCGAUGACAACAUGCUGGCCCGUAUUCGACUACUUUAUCGCUCAACUAUCUAAGCAAACAUGA